AUGAAGAACGCAGCAUUUAAAGUGGCACUCAUGAUUGCUUUAGUAAUUUCAACAUCUUCCCAUAUCUCAGCCACCAUAUUUGAAACCACAGGCCUACACCAAGGUGGGCUUGAAAAAGCCAGCCUUCCACCCCCAUGGAGCCUCCACCGUCCCCUUCUUGGAUAUGACCUCCAGACAUUGAGUUUUCUGGGAGAAGAAAGUUCUUGGAAAUUCGAAGAUUUUGUCAAGAAGCUGGAGUACUUAAUACGGACAAAGUCACGUGAUGGGUCACGUGGGAUUGAAUUUGGAGAGAAAAAGUCUGAGAGAUGGUGGGUUCU